AUGGCACAAUCCUGGAGUCUCUCUGUGCUGGGCUGGGUUCCUGGUAUCAUUACCAUGCUGGUCUCUGGAGUCUUGUUUUACAUCACCUCGCUCACGAUGCACAAAUUCAUCAUGAAGAAUCCUUCGAUCCGUGACAUUUGCGAUUUUGGAUACUUUGCGUUUGGAAAGAGUCGUUUGGCUUAUGAGUUCACCGGUUUCAUGCUGUAUUCCUCACCGUCCCGCUGGAGAAGAAGAGAUAGUGGUGCUGACUUUUGA